AAAGAACUUUUAAUAAGAAUUUACAAUUUACAACAAGGUGAGAAGUGUAUGUUGGUCAUUGGAAGACCUACAAGACAAAAACGCUGUGGCAAUGGUUGAUGGCAAUAUUAUCAUCGUUGUUGAGGCGGAAAAAAUUGGGGAACAUUUUCAUAUGACGAAUCAACCAACUCAAUCCGAUUGAAUGUCGAUGCCGUACAUUGUAGUAGCACUCACAAUCAAAACCUUUUCCUAUCUCAACUCCGAAAAGUAAACAAAUCCCACUUCUUCAUCUCGACCGAUAGUCACUAUUCACACACACAUUUUAAAAAAAUUCUCAAACGGAAAAACCGUCCAAACCUGAUUGGCACGCUCACUGCUGCAAAGGUGCGCUUCUUUAAUUGAAAAACUUCUGAUAGCAGUCCUGUGUGUAGUCACACGACACAACUAUAACAGCGGAAAGAGCCUGCAGUCCGAUACUCCUCAGUAAUCACGUCAUGUCACUCCAGUUUCAGACCGCUUCUCAAAUUGCCGAAUCCCGGCCAUUGCCACGGGAUCGCAAAAAAUUGGGCUUGUUCAAACGAUGGGCACUUUCCAUACGACGCUUUCAAGCUAACGGUUCCUUUAACAACACAAACCGCGACAACAAUCAUAUUUGCAACAAUCGAAACCGAACAGACAGCAACGGUACAGAUUCAAUGACAUCUUCGUAUUCUGCUCCCUCUCUCACUACUAUCUCUCGUUCAUCGAAUAGUACUACUGAUAGUCAUUCGCAAUGCAGGAAGACGAAAGGGAACAACAAAAGCGAUAAUCGAGACAGCAUYAAACAUAUGGCGACGUACUGCCCMAAUCGCAUUGGUUCUUUACCAGAUUUUUUGUCUUUAGCGCAUUCGUCAGAUCAAAAAAACAUUUUCCAGUGGAUGGAAACAGACUGCCCAAAAGAUGUACUCCCAUUGAUUUUGGCGUUUUCUGGGCCGCAAAAGAUCGCCGUCAUCGAACGUACCAAUCGGUUCUGGCGACAGGUCAUGCAACAAGAAUCGACGUGGAGAUUACUUUGCGAAGAACUCUAUAAGGUACGUCGUAUACAUGAGCGRAAYACAAGACUACAGAGCGAUAAAAAGCCUGUUGGAGCUUUGGUCUCACCACAUAUUGAUUCGUUGUUUCAGUGGAAAGACGGAGACGAGACACCAAAAUCCUGGAAAAAAUACUACGAGUACAAUCCAUGUGUUCCCAUCGAUUAUUCCACCAUCCACCGAGCCAUCGAUGAUACGGUCGSAAAGGCAGGCGAUGAUCCCUACGAACCCAGCGCAGUUCGAGUUCUUCUUCGUCCGGGUCGUUACGUUUUGCGAGAAGCUAUUACAAUCGAUGAGGGCACUACUGCUAGAAACAAUGACAACGGCGGAAAUAGGUCUCCUACGAGCAUCACAAUCGAAACGAUGGAAUAYAUCCCAGAAAAUUGUCGCAGUGGCGAUAACAAUUGCUGUAGCUUUUCAAUUCGUUCAUCGUCUAAUAAAUCAAAACGGAAACGCAAAAGUUCGAUUCGAACCUUUUUUCAAUGCCGUACUGUGGAUGUUGAGACCGAGGACGAAGAAGAAGACAUUCUUGAUCACGAAAGCUUGCACGAAUAUCUCAACAACCCAUCCUCAGUUKCCGACGGGCGAUYAUUAGCGCUUAGUCGUACCGAUGGAGAGGAUGGCAUACCGAUGGGUACCCCGACAGUGCAAGGGGGCACGACUGACAAUAGAAACGAUAGUGAAAAAUACAACAGCAAUAAGCCUGUUCUCAACAGGGCAACCUUAGUUUUGACAACACGGCGGCAUAACGAGCCACUGCUCCGCAUUCGCCAAGGCCACUGUGUUAUCCGAAAUGUUGAUUUGAGGCACGGUAGCUAUGGGAAUGGUGAGUUCUUGAUUGCUUUGCACCUAGACGAUCAAAACGAAACAAAAAAUAUGAAAGACUUCGUCAUCGUACGAUACUCAUUACUUUCUUUGUUUUUGAUUUUUAACUUCACAAUCAUCGUACGACCCUCAGACAUAUGGAAUGGAAAUGCAGCAAUCCAGAUUCAGCCUCCACUUGGACCAAACGAAGAUCCAAUCGAUGUACCAGCUCCCACGGCGUUCUUGGAUCGUGUGGACGUUACAUCAUCUUCUGGAAGAGGUGUUGUAAGUAUUGAUGGCGGCUACUUGAAGAUCACAAAUAGUUUCGUUCACGAUUGUGCAGCCACUGGUAUCUAUAUUGGAGGAUCAGGAAGUCGCGCUACGUUGGAACAAACAGAUGUUCUUUUUAAUGGGAAAGGGAACAAAAGAAAUCGUCGCGGAAUCGCUCCUGGGCAUUCUGGUAAGUCAAACAUUAUAUUCAUGGUAUGCAACAUUUCGCCAACCUUCUAUUCGAGAUAUAAUACUUACGAUAUUGAUUCCUUUAGGCAUAUAUAUGGAACAAGGACAUGUUACAAUUAAUGACUGUAAUAUUUCGAGCAAUACGUUGACAGGCAUUAGUGUUAUCAAUCCKGACAAUGCUUUGAUCAYUUUGCAAGAAUCAGAUCUUGUAUCAAAUGGAACCUUUCAAUUAGAACUGCCGCGUUUGGGGUCGGUAUCGCACAACAACAGUGUCAGCACGAACAACAAUAUUGCAUCUGAUGGAAUUGGAAGAUCUCGUUCUGGUUUUGUUGUACAGUAAAAUUUGAAGCUUAGAACAACAAAGAAGAAGAAGAAGGGCGAAGAAACGUUACGGUGCCAUAUUUUCAAGACCUCCAUAGUACAGCUAGAUAAAAUUUCACGAAUAAACAUUUWUCAUCAAU